CGAGAUUACAAAGGGUCAGGGAAAGUGAGAAAAAGAAAUUCAAAAAUUCCGUCUGCUCUGCCGCAUUCCGAUUUCCGAUGACGAGCGAGAUUGAACCGGCGAAGCUGCUUCUCCCUUACCUUCAACGAGCCGAUGAGUUGCAGAAACACGAGCCUCUCGUCGCCUACUAUUGUCGAUUGUAUGCCAUGGACCGAGGGCUCAACAUUCCUCAGAAAGACCGCACCAAGGCUACCAACGCACUCCUUGUCUCGCUAAUGAAUCAGCUCGAAAAGGACAAGAAGUCAGUUAGUUUGGGACCUGAUGACCACCUACAUGUGGAAGGAUUUACCUUGAAUGUAUUUUCCAAGGCAGACAAGCAGGAUAGAGCUGGGCGAGCUGAUCUGAAUACUGCAAAAACUUUUUAUGCUGCGAGCAUUUUCUUUGAUAUCCUGAAGCAGUUUGGUGAAGUUCAGCCUGAUCUUGAGCAGAAACACAAGUAUGCAACAUGGAAAGCAGCUGAUAUAAGGAAAGCUCUGAGUGAAGGGAGGAAGCCUCUACCAGGUCCUCCUGGUGGUGAACCAGCACCAUCGAGCGGUGAAUAUGAUCUUGAACCAAGCAGCUCUGUUGAUGCCACUCAGCCCAAUUCCUCAACAACUGCGCCAGAUUCCAGUUCAUCACCUCACCAAUAUGAUAAAGCUAAUUUGCAGCACUCUAAUAUCUCACGACAACCUUCAAAUAUUACUCGUUCGUCUUCCUCAAAUUAUUCAACCCUGCAUCAUCACCCUAAUGACGACUACCCUUCUGACAACUUUCAUCAACCAUCUCCAUCCAAUGGCACUGAGCGUUCCAUCCAUCCUCAAUCAUAUCAUCACCAACCGUUCCAGCCAGAUUUUCAGCAGCAUUUGCCUCACUCGUACCCAAAUUUCCACUCUUACCCUAGCUUUACUGAGAGUACAGCUCCGCCCCACUACCCUUCUUAUCAUCAAAGCCAUGGUGAUGCCUAUUCCAAUUUUCCACCCUCAAACAAUGUGAGUGUUUCAGAACCUUCACCAACUGCCGGACCAGAAUAUGAGUAUGACAGCAACUAUGAACCUCUGCCUGGGCAAAUUGCUGAAGCACAGAAAGCAGCUAGGUUUGCUGUUAGUGCUCUGGCAUUCGAUGACGUUUUUGUUGCAGUAGAUUUCCUUAAGAAAUCUCUGGAAUUGUUGACAAAGCCAUCAGCUAGCCACUGAUCUUUGAUUUCCAGCAGAGCGAUUGGUUGUGGUGAUUAUUUUUUUGUUUUCAACUCAUGAAGUGAAGAAUGGGAUCAUAUGUUUGAACAGAACUCUCUAAAUUGCUGAUGAUGGGGUUAUGGAUGCUUUUAUGCAAAUAGGAUUUAUGAAAUUUCAACA